GCCUCGCCCGGAAGCGAGCACGGCCGGAGCCACAUAGCGGGAGCGACGCAGGCUCCAUGUUGGGCGGCUUCGGUCGCGGCGCCGGGGGCGGGGCGGCCGUGACAAGAUGGCGGCGCCCAGGCGGCCGCGUGAGGACGGGGAGGAUGUGGCGGCGGCUGGAGGCGCUUCGCUGGAGGCGAAGCGGCCCCGGGGGCAACGGCGGCUCCUGGUGGUGCUGGAGGGGGCGAGUUUGGAGACUGUGAAGGUAGGGAAGACGUUCGAGCUCCUCAACUGUGACAAGCAUAAGGCGCUGCUGCUGCGGAACGGCCGGGAUCCCGGCGAGGUGCGGCCCGACAUCACCCACCAGAGUCUCCUGAUGCUUAUGGACAGCCCGCUGAAUCGCGCUGGUCUCCUGCAGGUUUAUAUCCACACCCAGAAGAACGUCCUAAUUGAAGUCAAUCCCCAAACCAGAAUCCCCAGAACUUUUGACCGGUUCUGUGGUCUCAUGGUCCAGUUGCUGCACAAGCUCAGUGUCCGAGCAGCUGACGGGCCUCAGAAGCUGCUGAAGGUGAUUAAAAACCCCGUCAGCGACCACCUCCCCGUGGGCUGCAUGAAGAUUGGUACCUCUUUUGCAGCUCCGAAGGUGUCGGAUCUACGGGAACUGGUUCCUGCAGCGGAGCCGGUUGCCGUGGUCGUGGGGGCUUUUGCGCACGGCUCGGUCAAUGUUGAUUAUACAGAAAAGAUGAUUUCCAUCAGCAACUACCCCCUCUCUGCUGCCCUGACAUGUGCUAAAAUUACUACUGCAUUUGAGGAAGCCUGGGGAGUAGUAUGAGCCUCUGCUGCUACUGUGGAUUCUCAACAGCCACUCCACAUUCUGGAAACGCUCUUUUGCUUAGGUGUGGACCUGGUGCACCUUUGGGUAUCUGGAAGGGGAAAGGAUUUGAUUUUUGUCCUUGUAACUUCCGGAGCAAUCGGACUUUUAAUGGACUAUUCCUCCUAAGCCUUUUUUGUCCUAUUAAAGGUCGCUUUUGAUAAGA